AUGCCUCCCAAAUCCACACCAGCGCAGACUUCCGCACCUGCUUCGACGAACGCCUUGCAAACAUUAUGGCAGGCGUACAACGACCAGACUUCCAACCGUCUUAAAUUCAUCGACUCCUUCCUCAUAUUCCUUAUGCUUUCGGGCAUCGUCCAAUUCCUUUACUGUGUUCUGGUCACCACAUAUCCGUACAACGCGUUCCUAGCGGGCUUCUCGAGUACUGUUGGUCAAUUCGUCCUAACUGCAUCCCUUCGUUCCCAAGUGAAUCCCGAAAACAAAAACGAGUUCAAGGAAGUGUCUCCAGAAAGAGCUUUCGCUGAUUUCGCACUGGGCUCUAUCGUGCUUCACUUCUUCGUAUUCAAUUUCCUCGGAUGA